UGUCACCCUGACCCACCUAGAGCUAGGUCUGUGUUAACAUUCGAGGUUGCCGGCGGAUCUUCGCCAUGGCUGCAGACAGGGAACCGGUCAGAAGCUCACAAGGGAGAUCUGCUCCCAUCAGCUGUCAUCGGAGACAGAGAGACAAGAUACAGAUUCCAGAAGAAAAGAAAAUUACUUAUUGUGACCUACCUAUUAAGCAACAAAGAAGAAAACUUAUUCAGGCUGUGAAGGACAACCCAUUUCUUAUUGUGACUGGAAGGACAGGGAGUGGUAAAACUACUCAACUCCCUAAAUAUCUUUAUGAAGCAGGAUUUUCAAAACAUGGCACCAUUGGGGUGACUCAGCCACGCAAAGUAGCUGCCAUAUCAGUUGCUCAAAGAGUUGCUGAAGAAAUGAACUGUUCUUUGGGAAACUUGGUAGGAUACCAGGUCCGCUUUGAUGAUUGUAGCUCUCAGGAUACAGCAAUCAAAUAUAUGACUGAUGGAUGUCUGCUAAGACAUAUGAUGGUUGACCCGGACCUUACCAAAUUCAGUGUCAUCAUUUUGGAUGAAGCCCAUGAGAGAACUCUAACAACAGACAUCUUAUUUGGCUUGCUGAAGAAAUUGUUUCAGGAGAAAUCACCCACCAGGAAGGAGCAUCUGAAAGUGGUGGUGAUGUCAGCAACAAUGGAGCUGGUGGGGCUCUCGGCCUUCUUUGGAAAUUGUCCAGUAGUCGACAUUCCUGGAAAGAUUUUUCCAGUCAAAGAGAUUUUCUGCGACUUGAUUGGCCCAAAAGACAAAGAAAAUUCUUCCUAUGUUAAUGCGGUUGUGAAAGUGACCUUAGAAAUCCACCUGAAUGAAUUGGCUGGAGACAUCUUGGUGUUUCUAACAGGCCAGUCAGAAAUUGAGAAAACUUGUGAAUUACUUUUCCAGAAGGCAGAAUGUAUUGAUUACCAGUAUGAUGUGCAAGACAACUCUGUAGACGGGCUGCUGAUCUUGCCGUUAUAUGGAGCGAUGCCCACAGAACAACAAAGAAGAAUAUUUUUGCCGCCGCCACCUGGCAUUAGGAAAUGUGUUGUAUCUACCAAUAUUUCUGCCACAUCUUUAACAAUAGAUGGAAUCAGAUAUGUGGUAGAUGGUGGCUUUGUAAAGCAGUUAAAUCAUAACCCCAGAUUAGGGUUGGAUAUGCUGGAGGUGGUGCCAAUCUCAAAGAGUGAGGCAAUGCAACGAACUGGUCGAGCUGGCAGAACUUCCUCUGGGACUUGCUUUCGAAUCUAUAAUCAGGAUUUCUGGAACCAGUGCAUGCCUGACUAUAUGAUCCCGGAAAUUAAAAGAACUAGUUUAACAUCAGUGAUUUUGACCUUGAAGUGCCUUGCCAUCCAUGAUGUCAUAAGGUUUCCCUAUUUGGAACGGCCUGAUGAGAAACUUAUUUUAGAGGCUCUUAAACAUCUCUAUCAAUGCGAUGCAAUCAAUAGGAGUGGCCAUGUGACAAAACUGGGUUUAUCAAUGGCAGAGUUUCCCCUCUCUCCAAAUUUGACCCGGGCUAUCCUAAAAGCUGCUUUUUGGGGUUGUGAAGAUCUCCUGCUUCCAAUAGCAGCAAUGCUGUCUGUAGAAAAUGUCUUCAUUCGGCCUGGGGAAGCAGAGAAACAAAAAGAGGCAGAGCUGAGACACCAGGAACUGUCGUCCCAAGCUGGUGGAUUCAAUGACUUUGCAACUCUAGCUGUAAUCUUUGAACAGUGCAAAUCGAGCACAUCUCCUCCUACCUGGUGUCAGAGAUAUUGGAUCCACUGGAGGUGCUUACAAUCUGCAUUCCGUGUGGAAGGUCAGCUUCGAGAGAUAAUCAGGAAACUAAAGCAGCAACCUGAUUUCCCAAGAGAAAAUUAUGAUGGACCUAAACAUGAAAUCUUACGAAGAUGUUUGUGCACUGGCUACUUCACCAAUGUAGCACGAAGAUCUGUAGGAAGAACAUUUUGCACAAUGGAUGGGCAUGGAACCCCAAUACACAUUCAUCCUUCUUCAGCGAUCCGAGGUCCCAGAGGAGAUCUUUCGCAGUGGUAGGCAGACUUCAUUGCUGUGCACUGACCAGGAUGAGCUGGCUUCACAAAUAAGAAAUCCGUCCAAGCCACUUUCAUCUGCAGCAGACACAAGCUGCUAGGACUCCGUGGAGAGAAUUCAUUUUUGUGGAGAACACAGAUGGGAAACUCAUCUUCAGACCAGCACCAGCACCCCAGGACCAGGCAAACAAACUGAGGACGAUAAAGGGAGUAACCCUCAAAUAUUCUGAAAAAAAUACUUAAAAGAAUGUCACUGCCCUCGGCAAUGGAAUACUCACACUAGAAAUAACCUGGCAGAACCGGCAGGCCGAAAUCUCAGAGGAAAGAGUAAUUCUCCUCGCUGGUCCUUGAGAGUGCUUGCCAGGGCAGCCCUUCUGUCAUGCACCCACCUCUUGGCACUACUCCAUUUAACUGUUACCAACAUGCUUGCCUCUGAUGUUGCCAGUCACUUUGCAACAUUCUGCCUAUGUUUUAUCCCAGCCUUCAUUUCUGCUCUAUAUGUCCCUGAGAGAUCUGUACUUAAAAGGCACACUCAGUAGGAAUAUAUCAUAUAUCAGUGUGGCCAGUCUAAGCUCUAAAAACUUCUAUAAUUGUGGUCUUAAUGAUAUUUAUUUUUGUUUUAUAUACACAAUACAUUUUAUUUACAGUUCCGGAGAGGAUAGAGCUGCCAACUUGGUUUCCUCAAAAUGUUAAGAGAAAAUUAAGUCCUUGAGUACAUUGGGUGGUCUUCUCAUAGAGAACUAAUGGGAGAACAUAGACGAGCUUCACUGCAUAAGUGGGGAUCUGCUUGUUGAAGAGAAUAUCCAUGUCAAUGGAUUACAGAUCUGAUUGAAUUUUUUUAAUAUGAAUAGAUUUUUAUUGAUCUCUUUUUUAAGAUCACCCACAUUUUCCCCUGUGUCCUUCCACCAUGCUCUUCCCAGAGAGCCAUCCCUUAUAACAAAGGUUUUUUCUAAAAAAUUCAGCAAAAUAACUGAUAACCUCAAAAAUCUGACAUUAUAUGCUAAAUUGCACUCCCUACCCUUUGCAAAGCAGCAAAGUAUCUUCUUAUACCUCUUCUUUGCAAUAAAGCUUGUUCUUUUAUAACUGCUCAACAUUCAUAUUUGAUUGUUUUGUGAUUUAUUCUUUCCAUUUACAUAGUUGGAGUCAUUUGUGUAUGUUGUUUUUUCCUGCUUCUGCUUACUUCAUUUUGCCACAGUUUUUGUAAGUUUUCCCCACGCUUCUUUGUAUUCAUCAUAUUCUUCAUUUCUUAAAGCUCAGUAAAAUCCAUUGACUAUAAUUUGGUUAGCCAUGUCCCCGGUCAAUAGGUGACUACUUUGUUUCCAGUUCUUUACUGCCCCCAAAAAUGAUACUAUAAAUAUUUUGGUGUAUAUGGAGGUAUAGGCCUAGCAGCAAAAUCUCUGGUUCAAUGUUAAUAUAUAUUUAAAGGUGUUCUAUGCCCUUUCAAAAGUGGAAAAUACUAAAAAAAAAAAGUUUAAAUAUAUAUCAUGUUUGAAAAAUGCAAAAUCUACCAAAGACCCACAAAGUAUCUCCUUGAAAUUCAGCCAAAAAACACUGAUACAGGUAGUGUGGAUCACUUUAGAAUUUAAAAGACUUAAUUCACUUUAUCACCCUUAUCAAAUAAAUAGAAAUGAUAUCAUUUUCACUAUGACUUGACUAAUACAAAAAGUUCAGGGAUAGUUAGAUUACUUAACAAACUGGGUACUUGGAUUAUAACUUCAGAAUUUUAUACCGUCACCAAAAGCCCUCUGUGAAUUUCUGAUACUGAGAGCUGAUCCAGCCAAAUGCUUAAGAGGUCUGAGUUAUUUAGUGAUAUCUGCAAGCAACAACAGUAGCUAAAGUUCCUGUGAACAAAUUACAAACACAAAAGAGAUAUUGAUUACUCACUAGAUUAAACCAUUUGUUCCCACUGGUCCAUUAUCUAAUUCAUCUUUGACCAUUAAGAGUUAGCUUUUAAGUUGCUAUCCCAAAGGUACAAAGCCUCAGUAGAGCUAGCAUGGUAUUCUGGAUUUGGAGUUUAAAGGAUCUGGAUUUCAGUCUGCCUUAGAAUCCUCUGUCAAAAGAGAGUUAAGUAAGUUUCCUUCUAGCUCAAAAUUAACUGCCCUCUUCCACAUAAACCCUUCUAUCUCAGCUAGUUGUUGCAGAAGUCAUGGACAGAAAGGCUCAUAUGAUCACAUCUGGUCUGCCUAAGAUAAGUUUUGGAGCAAAAUGCUUCAUUAUAUGAAGUUAAUCACUUAAAUAACAGUUAUCUUGAGACCUAGGAAAUGUAUGAAGCAAAAUACUUAUUUAGUUUCUAACAGUUGAGAAGAAUCCACAAAGCUUGGUUUGACAAAAUGAGGGAGGGGAAGGGCAAUAAUACAACCCAAGUUGUUAUUACAGAUGAAAUUAUCUUUGUAGCCAUGCAUAAUCAUUUAAUUAGAUACUCAUUUAAUGUGUUAUUGACCAGGAAAAUAUACACACACAAACACAUAUAAGGACCAAAUAGUUAAGGAGAAUGUAUGUUCUUCAAACUGUUUGUAGAAUACACCAUUGUGCAUCCUGCCCUACUGUGUAAUACACACGAUGUAAACAAAGUUAUAUGAUGAAAAACAAAGAUGAGAUUAAGCCAUCUUUUCUGUUAUCCUAAUGUCAUUAAAAUGCACAAUAGCUUCUGGAAUUUAAUUCAGUGAUUCUUUGUUGACUGUACUAUGUGUAAGACAUUACUAGAUAAUAAAAUGAAUACAGAGAUGGUUAAAGCAUAAUCACUGCCUUGAUAAAGUUUCUAAUCUAGUAGUCAUCUGGUAGGGAAGAUAGAACAAGUACAUAGAGUACAGGGCUAGAGAUAUAAACUAUUAUUAUCAAGAUUCAGAGGAGAGAAAGUGGCCUGAAUCAUUGAAUUGUGUUUAAUACUUGUUAAGAUCUAUGAGAACUGCUGAAAUCAUUAAACUACAUAAGGCAAUUUUCUAUAUAUUUGGUUUUACUAUUUCUGUUGGGUUAUAUGAAAAAUAAUAAAAAAUGUUACAUAAAAA